CCCCACCACUCAAUUGCUCUCGCCAUGAUUGCUCAACCUUCGUGCGCUUCGCCCACAAUGAGCAGCCCCAAGCUCAAAGAGGUGUCUGUCAGACUACCCAAGGAUUACGGUCGUCCCGACGAACCAUGGCAUCACUACUUUACGAUCGAUUUGAUAUGGACCACACUAGGCUACACCGUGUUCCAUCCUUUUGUGAGUUGGGUCGUAUGCCUCUGCCUGCGCGCGCAAUAUACUCCGUAUGGAGCACCUGAAAUGCGCAUCGCGGUCGCGUGGGCCAUGGCCAUGAGUAUGAUCGGUAUCUUCAACAUCUUCAGCGACCGCAUCGCAUUUGGAAGACCCAGGGAGAUUGAUCUAGCUGAAGAGGUCAUUGUCAUCACGGGCGGUGUGGAUGGACUGGGAGGACUGCUCGCUGAAACUUAUGGCAUGCGUAAUGCCAAUGUGGCCGUGCUGGACACGAAGAAAGUUGGCGACGAGGAGGCGGAAGACAAGGGCGUGUUGUACUAUGAAUGCGAUAUCAGCGAUCCAAAGCAGGUGGAGGCUGCCGCAGCUGAAAUAUUGGAGGACCUUGGCCCGCCCACUAUCUUGAUCAACAACGCUGGAAUCAGCCGUCCCAAAUCCAUUCUCGACUCCACGGCCGAAGAAGUGGAACAAACCUUUCGCACCAACACUCUCUCGCACUUCACAACUCUCCGCACUUUUCUCCCUCACAUGAUCAAAGAGCGCCGUGGAACCAUUGUCACCGUCGCAUCUGUUCUGGGACACUUGGGUGCCGCGAACCUAGCCUCCUACACUGCAUCAAAAGCUGCGCUCAUUGCACUCCACCAAUCCCUCCGUGCCGAGCUUGCGCAAAAUCCCGAUGCCGAAGAGAUCAAGACCAUCCUCGUGACACCGGGACAGAUGGGCACGGAAAUGUUCGCUGGUCUCAAGACCCCGAGCAACUUCCUCGCGCCUGUCGUCACACCCGCUGAGCUCGCCAAGGAUAUCUUGCGAGUGAUAGAGAGGGGAGAGAGUGGCGAGAUCGCUGUGCCAUUGUACGCGAAAUAUGCCCCAGUGAUGAAUGUGCUGCCUGUAGGCGUUCAAGCCAUAGUGAGGCGGUUGAGUGGAGUAGAUAAAGCGAUUGCAGGUUCCGGUUUGGUCGGGAAGACCACGUCCGAGAAGAAGUAG